GUUUUAGCUAGUGAAAAUCCAUUUACAAAGAAAUGGGUCGUUUUCUCUCGAAAUUUAAAUCUAUUUGUGAGUUCUGUAAAACAGAGACCCCGACUAAAAUUCUUUUACUGGGAUUAGAUGAAGCUGGUAAGUCGACAAUUUUGUAUAAAAUCAAAUUCAAAAACAUAUGUUUAACAACAAUUCCAACUAUUGGACAUAAUGAAGAAACUCUGAAACCUAUAAAAGGAAUUACAUUUAAUGUGGUGGAAGUUGGAGGGCAUGUCAAAGUUAGACCACUGUGGAGGCACUAUUGCCAGAAUACUGAAGGAUUGAUAUAUGUCGUAGACAGUAGUGAUAGAGAGAGAAUCGCUGAAUCUCAGAAGGAACUGUUUGACAUUCUUGAUAUUGAUGAGAUGAGAGGGGUACCUGUUAUCGUAAUGGCUAACAAACAAGAUGUACCUGGUGCAAUGAAAACAACAGAAAUUUCCAAUUUGAUGAGUUUGCAUAAGAUUACAUCCAGAGAAUGGUUCAUCCAAGCAACAUGCGCAGCAAAUGGAGAUGGAAUAUACGAAUCCAUGUUAAAAAUGGAUAACAUGGUCAAGGAAAACAAAGAGGUCUCAAACUAAAUUCGUAGGGAAAAACUUUGAGAUAGCAAACAAAAAUAAAGAUUUGUA